AGCCGUGUCUGUCAGGUCAGUCAGUGAGAGGCGAGACGAGAGGACUGAUUCAAAAACCUCGAGGACCCAGAAAGUUAAAAGCGACAUGUUAGCCUGUCAAGUCGUUGAGUUCCUCGAAAGUAUAGGAUGUUGUCAGCGGUGCAUAUUGAUAUAUUUAGGGGAGAGGUCAGAAUCACUGUAUGAAAGUCAAAUACAUCUGGAUAAAGUAAUAGGAGAGGCUGCAGAAGCCCUCGAGAAGAGCUUAGAGGAGCUGCCAUCCCACACGUCUGAGGAACAAACACCGGACGAAGUAAGGAAGAGCCAGUGUCCAGCACUUUCUUCAGUGAAAAAAAGUUGUCAACUUUUGACACCGGAUGAAGGUACCGUAGAUACAGAAGAUGGUGUUUGUAUGUCAGCUAGUAAUGGCCAAAUUGCACAUAUCUCAAAAAAACAAAAAUAUGCUGUUUGCAUUGCUUGUAUUGGUCUUCUUCAAUCUGGAAGUACAUCAAAUGUCAUCACACAGAUUAGUGAAGCUAUGUUAAGUGGUGACCAUGAUGCCAAUGCUUUUACAUUAGCUUUGGCUCUUCCAGUUUGUCUGAGCCUACGUGUUCAUAGGAUAUGGACUCUGCUAAAGCAAGCAUAUCCUCAAAUUCCGGAGAAGGGUCGCACAGAUCACAUUGCCACCAUGAAAGAUGUUUGGAAGAAUUUAGUUGGACCCCCUCUUGGAAAGAUGGUGGAUAAGACCUUUAUUCAAGGACAGUACAUAGAAUUCAUAAUGAAUAUCAGUGCUAGUUAUGCUGGUGACAUGGACGAUUGUAAGAUAAUGGAUCAGUUGUGUGAGAGUACAUUUGCUCUGAGGCGAAAACAACAUAAGAAAUAUGCUGCUGGUGUGUAUUCAAAGCAGUCAAUAGAUGCUGCAAUCAAGAAGUUGACAGAUGAGGAAUUUUUGAAAGUAUGCCCAAACCCACCAGGUAUUCCAACUGAAGCAGUUACCUAUACAGAUCUCAAAUGGCAGCGUGAUUCUAUAUAUAUGGCAGGGCGGUACAAUAAAUAUAGCCGUGAAUUGCCUCAGACCCCUUGGUUUGUUGAAGGAGAACGGAAGAUGGGAUCAAGUGUUCAAGAACUUCUUUGUGAAAUUUUGAAUAAAUCAGUGAAAGCAGAAGAUUAUAGAUUUUCAUCAUCUGGACGAGAAGAUGUUGAUGUUCGGUGCCUUGGAAAUGGUCGACCUUUCGUAAUUGAAUUCAUCAAUCCAUGUAAGACAAAGUUCUCCCGGAAAGAGAUGACAGAAUUUCAAGCAGAAGUAAAUUUAUCAUCGGAAAUGAUUCACUUACGAGAUCUGCAGAUUGUUGAUAAGAAGGAUGUAAAAAACCUGAAAGAGGGAGAAGAGGAGAAAACUAAAGCAUAUUGUGCUCUAUGCAUUGCUCGAGCUGGUUAUGAUCCAUCUUUGUUAAAACAGUUAUCUGGAAUGAAGGAACUUGUCAUCCAGCAGAAGACACCAGUAAGGGUUCUACAUAGAAGACCCUUGUUAACACGUCCUAGAAUUAUACAUGAAAUGUGGGCUUCCAGCAUUGACAGUUUCUUUUUCAAGCUCCAUCUUACAACUCAGGCUGGGACUUACAUAAAAGAAUUUGUUCAUGGAGAUUUAGGAAGGACAACACCAAAUAUAAGAAGUAUAUUAGGUCUUGAUGUUGACAUCAUUGCUUUGGAUGUGGAGGAUAUAUAGAUACGGUACAUCUAUGGUAAUUCACUGAUUGUAAAUCAUUGUGAAAUUUAAAGAUGUCAAAAUCACAAAAGCCAGUAGAAAGUGGUACAAAAUCACAAAAGACAAUGAAAAGUGAUGGUGGUAGAGGUCCUAUGAAAGCAAGGCCAGAGACAAAAUUUCAGGAUUCGUGUGAUACCUUUAGAAAAGGCGAUCUCAGUGUGCGACAAGCAGCAUUCCAGUAUGGCUUCUCUAAGCGCAAUCUACAUGAUACUGUCACAAGAAAACACAUGAAGAAAUCUGGAGAACAAACUAUAUUAACAAAUGAAGAAGAAGCCAUCAUAGUAGACCAUUUACGUACUCUUUCACAGUGGGGCUUCCCUUUAGACACUUUUGAGUUGUGUGUGCUAAUCAAGAUGUACCUAGAUAGGCAUGGUGUUGCCAUUAAAAGAUUAAAGAAUAAUUUCUCUGGCUGUGAUUGGGCACAUUCAUUCAUACUUUAGACGUUUGGAAGCAACUAUUGAAAAUGUACCUCCUGACAACAUCACCAAUUACAAUGAAACAAAUCUGUCAGAUGACCCUAGAAGAAAAAAAGUUAUUGUUCGUAGAGGAUGCAAAUAUCCUAAAAGGAUAAUGAAUUCAACUAAGUCUUCAGUGUCACUAAUGUUUGCUUGUGCAGCAUCUGGAAAAAUGCUUCCUCCAUGCAUAGUUUACAAAGCAAACCACCUCUAUGACUCAUGAGCUGAAGGCAGACCUUCCAAUAUGAGAUAUGAUUGUACUGAUAGUGGGUGGUAUGAAAGUACAACAUUUGAGGAUUGGUUUUUCAAAAUAAUCCUCCCUUAUGCAAGAUCAAAAGAAGGAAAGAAGCUAUCAUGGAAUGGUACGCGAGAUGGAUGAGAGAGAAUUGACUGCAUUAAUAACUGAUGGAGGAGACACUGAAAUAAUGCGUGAAGAUGAAGCAGAUACUGUUGUGAUACUAGAAGAUGAGGGAGACAUCUCUCAGGAGGACUUUGAAGGAACAGAGGGCCCAAAGACGGAGUGGAGAUACAAUAAAAAAAAAAGGGACAAUAAUAAUGAGGAAUUUUCAGCAGCAAGAUAAGCCACAGGAAAUGAGGAAGACCAGAAUCCUAAACUACAUGAGUGGGUGGUAGUUCAGGUGCGUAGCAAACAUGAGAAGCAUUACUACAUGGCAGUAAUUACUGAGGUGAUGUUGAAUCUCAUAGUCAGGCUUUUGCAACAUGUCAAAGGGACAAAAUAAAAUGUCUUUGUUAAUUCAAAUAUACCAGAUGAUGAAAGCUGUGAAACUGAAGACACAGAUAUUGUGAUGCAUGUAAAUGAACCCAAAUUAGAUAAUAGGGAAUGAAUGGUAUUUGAUGUAAAAUGUCAAUAAUUGGCCAAAAUAAUGUAUAUGUACUAGCACUCAGGAAUAUAUAAUUCUAAAGUUUUUUUUCUACAAUGAAAAUUGUUUGUGAUGAGCAAGGUGCCCUUAUUUUUAUGUAUUAGUACCAUAGAUAUAUGUCAAUGGCUGGUAGCUAAGCAUUCAGGAAUUUGCCUUACCAAAGAGAAUUAUUUUUCAUAUGUAGGAAUAUGUCUCCAAAAGAUUUAUUUUUUUAUUUCUAACUUACCUGUCAUAUGCUGGUAACCUUUAACCUUUAAUAAGAAAAAUGCCUUUAUUUUUAUUGUAUUAGUGUUUUCUUUUAUUUUCUUUCAGCACUGUCUGUGAUAAUGAGAUAAUGAAACCAUUUCUUGUCAAUUCUUGUCAUUAAGCAUUAGAAUAAUGUGUCAGGGUGUUAUUAGUUAUAUUAAAUGGAGAUUGUUAUUUUGUUUUGCCAAAGAAAUAAGGAAGAAGUUUGAUAGUCUAGUAUUAUAUUACUUUCAUUUUUUAGCCAUUUUUUGUUGAUCUAAUUGUCAUGUUAAAUAAAG